UCUAAAUUAACUUGAUUUUCGGGAGGCUGGUCAACUCAUUCAAUGUAACGCUCCCCUUCAUGACCGAGGUUGAAAGUCGUUAUGCUCUCAGCGGUAGUGACAACUUAAGGUCUUUGUCGAGAUGCAUGUCCUGCUACUCAAAGAGCCAAGAGAUGGAGAGUCUGGACCUGAUCCUUAUAUCAAGGAGCUGGCUUCACAUGGACAUAAAGCAACCCUUAUUCCUGUGCUGUCUUUUAAGUUUGUCACAUUAAACACCUUGUCAGAUAAGCUUUUCCAACCAGAAAAACAUGGGGGUCUGAUAUUUACCAGUCCAAGAGCAGUGGAGGCUGUAAAGAUGUGCUUAGAAGCACAAGAAAGAAGGGAAGAAUGGAACAGCUCUGUGAAAGACAAAUGGAACAGCAAGUCAAUCUAUGUGGUUGGGAAGGCAACUGCUGCAUUAGUACAAAGUCUGGGUCUGAACCCUUUGGGCGAGGACACAGGGACAGCAGACGUCCUAUCACGUCUUAUCAUUGAACGAGAGGACACAAAUAUCCCACCACUUUUUUUCCCCUGUGGCUCAAUCAAAAGAGAAGUCUUGCCCACGGCUUUAAGGGAAAAUGGAGUGCCCCUAGAGACGCUGACUGUCUAUCAAACAGCUGAACAUCCAGAUCUGGAAAAAAAUCUAAAGAACUAUUUCACAGAGCUGGGCACGCCAGCCAGUGUUGCUUUCUUCAGUCCAUCAGGAGUGAAGUUUUGCCUGGAGGUGGUGCGGCGGCUUUCAGGUGAACAGCUGGCUCAAAUAAAGUUUGCAGCCAUAGGACCGACUACACAAGAUGCCAUGAUAGCAGAAGGCCUGUGUGUCAGCUGCACUGCAGAAAAGCCAACAGCUGAACACCUGGCAGCAGCAAUAGCCAAAGCUCUACAGUAACCAACCUGCAGGCUGAAGCUCUUAAAUCCAUCUCCUUCUUCUUCUCUUGUUGUAUGUUCUGUAUUAUUUAUAUGUAUUGUCAUUUAUCAGUUUUUCUUGUGCCACUUUUGUACAUACAUCAGCUAUUUGCACUGGGGAAAAGGUAGCUUUUUUUGGCUUAAAAGUUUAAAAAAACGAAGUGAAUAUAAUUGCAAUGCUAUUUAUGUUAAGCCGUGUGCUACAGAAAGUCAAUAUAGAGUUUGUUUUUGAAAAUAAACUUCAGUAAGUGGGA